GGUGCAAGUUAGUCCACUCCUUAUCCAAUGCGCGGUAUGCGCACAAACACCAUUAUCUGACCAUGGGAUGUUGCUGUGAUGAUGACGAACAGCUUCUCCAGCCACUGAACCCUUCCGACAUCCAAAACUCCGAUCAAAUCCCGCCGUCUUCCUCCUCAACCUCCGUCGUGAACGGCGGAGACACCGUGAUAUCUCCGAUGAAUUCCAAUUUUUCGGCCUUGAUAUGCCACGACACUCUACGCGCCAUCCUCGAGAAACUCGCUCUCCCAGACUUGGCGCGUGCGGCGUGUGUGUGUAGGAUCUGGAACCUCGUGGCGUCCGAUCGUGAGAUGCAGACCAAGGCAUUUAAGGAUCCUUGGAAGAUCAAGGACGUCAUCGGGGAUCCUACCUCCGGUAGCUUCUGGAGGGAUAAUAGCCUCUCCAAAUUCGCCAUUUCUCAUCGCAUCGUCCGUGGUGAUAAUGUUGCUAGCCUCGCCGUCAAGUACUCCGUACAUGUCAUGGAUAUAAAACGCUUGAACAAUAUGCUGAGUGACCAUGGUAUAUACUCGAGGGACAGGUUACUCAUUCCUAUUAGCAAUCCAGACUGCCUCAUCGAUGGCACUUGCUAUAUUGAGCUGGAUAUAUAUGCAAAAAGGGAAGUGGCAGUUUUGUAUCUUGAAGGUGGCCCUGAUCCAAAGCUCACUACAAUGUUACAAAGAUUGACCUCAGAGAGGAGCAAGAAAAAGGUGAUCGACUCCCUAAGGAGAAGCAUGCAAGUGGAUGGUGAAACUGCUCAAUAUUACUUUGCUGUAUCAGAUGGUGACCCCCGAUCUGCUUUCUCAGAGUUCUCUGAGGAUCUGAGGUGGGAGAGGGAGGCAGGGUUCACUUAACUUGUACAUGUCGAAAUGGUUGAUCCUGGUAAAGAUGUGUGAAUGGAGAAAACCUACUGGUAAUGCGACUCUGAGUUGCAUUUGGUUCUACAAGGGAAUAAUGAUCCUUCGUUGAAGUGGAUUGGAGGAGAUGAGUUCCAUCUAUUAGAAUUGCUGUUACUGCCAGCAAAACAAGAACAAGUUUAUUCACAUUGUAUGUACUCUAUAUAGUCGUAUAUAUUUUUGUGCUUGUAGAAGUGUUGGAUUCCGUCCAUAUUCAUGUAAAAGUUACACCUAAAUAAAUGAAACUGUAUUAUCCGUAACUUCAGCAGGACUUACUGCUACAUCAA